AAUCCACAAACAAAUACUCGAUUUCAAACAAAACCCUUCAUCUUGAUAAAGAAAAAGAUGGAGGAUUUAAAGAAAAGAAAGCUUGAAGAGACCAACAAUGGCGAAAUUACCGUUAACACAUCAGAAGAACAGUUGCGUUCACUAUUGGAUCCACUUGCCAAAACCCAGCUUGUCGAUCUCUUAUCAAAGUUCGGAUGCCAAUACCCUUCAAUUGCUGAAGAAAUUAAGAGUGUUGCGAGUGCUGAUCCCGCCAACCGAAAGCUUUUUGUUCGCGGCUUAGCCUGGAAUACCACCACUGAAACCUUGUGUGCUGCGUUUCUUGAGCAUGGUGAAAUUGAGGAGGGUGCUGUUAUAACUGACAAAGCAAGUGGAAAAUCACGCGGGUAUGGUUUUGUCACAUAUAAGGAUGUUGAUUCGACCCGGAAGGCUCUAGAAGCACCAAGUAAAUUGAUUGAUGGCCGAAUGGCGGUUUGCACCCUAGCUUGUGAAGGUGUAAGUACCCCAAGUAGUAGUGAUCAAGCACAAAGAAAGCUUUAUAUUGGCGGGUUGUCCCCUGAAACAACAAGUGAAAUGCUGCUGCUUUUUUUCAAAAAACAUGGUGAUAUAGAAGAAGGUUCAGUUGCAUACGACAAAGAAACAAAUAAAUCACGUGGCUUCGGCUUUGUUACUUACAAGACUGUAGAGGCUGCAAAAAAGGCUAUUGACGAUCCACAAAAGAUAUUGGGGGGUAGGAGUAUUACAGUAAAACUUGCGGACAACCCAAAGAACAAACCCGUGCAAGCACAAGUCGGAAUGGUUCCCGUACACAUGGCUGGUUAUGGAGACUCGGCAAAGCCACAUCCACACCUGCACCCAAACCCUAAUGUCGCCUACACGUACCCUGGUGUCAUUCCUUACCCCCACCAACCACCACCACCACCUGCCCCCGCUCCGCUGCCAUACCCAAUCCAACCCCACAUGUCAUACACGCAGUACACGCCACGCAAAGAAUCUAUGGGACCGUCGGCUGCACCACCUAUGGGUUUAGCCAAUUAUCAUCAGUAUAGGCUUUGAGUAAAACUGAUGUUUGUAGUAGAUCAUGCAUCGAUGAAAACUUAUGACUUGUUUGUGUAAUAUGUGUUGUUUUUUGACACUUUCAUUCAUAAUACCACCAUCCAAUGAACUAGACUCCACUUGACAUCUACA